CGCACUGGUUGUAUGUGCUCGUGUGUGUGUGUGAGUCGCUAAAGCUCGCUGGUCCCGAGUGUAACAGGGUAGGUGUUUUGCUUCCGCCGCAUCCAUUCUCCCAAACGUUACCAUUGACUGGCAUGCACGCACGAGCUGGACUAUGACAACGAGAGCAAACAGCAGGAGAGGAAAGAAUUAACGUCUCCGAAAGCUCCCUGCCUGUCUGUCUGUGUCGCUUGAGAGACUGUGGGCUUGCACGAGUCUGCCAGAGUCGAUCAGCUCUCAGCUUGCUGACUCGGUCGUCGCCCUGGCUGGCAACCCCUGGAGAGAUGACCACUGGCACACGAUAGGACAUUAGACGCCGAAGUCUCCUGCCGUAGAUCCGCUGUUAGGCCUCCUUCCUGGCGUCUCUGUCCCUGUGUCUGUCUGUGCCUUUGCUGUCUGGUCUGGGUGACAUGUUGGUGUGCCAGGGUCCCGUCACAGGAAACCUCCAAUCAGGAUGACUUAUAUGCCAGCAGCACUGUCAGCAUCGGUGUGUGCCACCACCACCACUACCACCCCCUCUGUCUGCCCCUUGACUGCAGGGCCAGUGUGGUGAAGCCAGCGCGGCAAGUGUCACCUAGCCAGUGACCUCAUUUACUCCCUCAUCCAUCCAACCAUCAUCCUCCACCUCCCCCAAACACAAGGAUGCCCUCUGAGCCUCCCCUCAGUUCCCAGGACAUGCUGACAGGCCAGAGACUGUGUCAGUCCAAGUCGCAUCAGGAUGCGGUUCUCUCUGCCCUCAACCAGCAGCGGAAGGACGGCCUCCUUUGUGAUGUCACACUGGUUGCAGAGGAGGAGAAGUUCCACGCCCACAAGGCGGUGCUUGCGGCGUGCAGUGAUUACUUCAGGGCCAUGUUUAGCCUGUGCAUGAUGGAGAGCGAAGCCAACGAGGUGACUCUACAAGGAGUGACGUGUGUGGGACUCAAGCACGCUCUAGACUUCGCCUACACGGGGCAGAUCGUGCUGGAGCCAGGAGUAAUCCAGGACGUGCUGUCUGCCGGGAGCCACCUGCAGCUGCUGGAGCUGCUUAACUUGUGCUCACUCUACCUCAUACAGGAGCUGAGCAGCCUGAACUACCUGGACCUGUACCGUCUGGCCGACCUGUUCCACCUGCCCGCGCUGGAGGAGGCGGUGGUGGCCUACCUGGUGGAGAACGUGGCCGAGCUGCUGACCUCCCACCAGGAGGAGGUGCUGUUGCUCCCCUAUCGCCUGCUGAGCGAGGUGCUCAAGAGCGACCGCCUCACCACGCUCAGCGAGGAGGAGAUCUGGCAGCUGGUGAUGCGUUGGCUGGAGCGCGAUUGCCGCCACCAGUAUGCGGAGGAGCUUCUCCAGCACGUGCGCUACGGCCUGAUGGACUUGCCCACGCUGCAGCAGCUCUCCCUGGGCCGCCAGCGCCUCCAGCAGCAGCCUCUUGAGCAGCAGCUGGAGCAGCAGCAGCACCCCCUGGAGCAGGACUGGAGCUGGCUGCUGGAGGAGGCCCUGGAGUACCAGCGCUCCACCUUCGCCCAGCCCCUCUGCCAGACCGCCCGCACCCGGCCGCGCUUCCGCUCUCUCACCCUCUACGUGGCCGGGGGCCGCAAGAGGGAGGUCAGCCGCGUGCGGGAGCUGAGGUACUUCAACCCCUGCGGGCCAGAGUACGGAGGCGUGGGCGGUGGUGGUGACUGGAGCGAGCUGUCCCCCAUGCCGGCCGGGCGCAGCCACCACUGCGUGGCCGUCAUGGGCCACUUCCUGUUCGUGGCAGGCGGCGAGGUGGAGCAGAGCAACGGCCGCACGUGUGCAGUGAGGUCGGCCUGUCGAUACGACCCGCGUACCGAUCACUGGGCUGACAUAGCGCCAAUGAAGGCCUGCCGGGAGCACUUUGUGCUGGGCACGCUGGGCCAGUUCCUGUUUGCGGUGGGCGGGCGCAACGAGCUGCGGCAGGUGCUGCCCUCGGUGGAGCGCUACUGCCCCCAGAGGAACAAGUGGAGCUACAUGCAGCCCUUCGACCGCGCCCUCUCCUGCCACGCCGGCUGUGUGGCCGACGGACUGCUCUGGGUGUCAGGAGGAGUAACAAACACGGCCCAGUACCAGAACAGACUGAUGGUUUACGACCCUGAGCAGGACGGCUGGUCCGCGCGGAGCCCCAUGCUUCAGAGGCGAGUGUACCACGUGAUGGCAGGUGUGAGGAGGCAGCUGUACGUGUUGGGUGGCAACGACUUGGACUACAACAACGACCGCAUCCUGGUGCGCCACAUCGACUCCUACAACAUAGACACCGACCAGUGGACACGCUGCUCUUUUAGCCUGCUCACAGGCCAGAACGAGGCGGGUGUGGCAGUGCAUGAGGACCGGAUCUAUGUGGUGGGAGGAUACUCCAUAUGGACCAACGAACCCCUCGCCUGCAUUCAGGUCCUGGACGUGAGCGUGGAGGGGAAGGGGGAGGUGUUCUAUGGCCCCAGCCUGCCCUUCGCCUCCAAUGGCAUCGCCACCUGCUUCUUGCCUGCGCCACACUUCACUUGCCCCAACCUGCAGUCUCUACAGGUCCCCCAACACAGGAUAGGGACACUCUGACACACACCAACAGAGACGCACACAGAGACUCACACUGUCCUGUGCGGUCAAGAUUGAGGGUAGAACCAUAGACACCAAUGCCAGGGCUGCUGCUGACGGCAUUGGCCAGGCCCAGGACAAAGUCCUUUGAAAAGGUCUCCUAUUCAGUACAUACAAUGUAGUGAGGAGACGAUUCUGGGCCCCACCUCUCCCUGGGCUCGUGACAACUGACCUGUGGCAACCCCUGCCUCACAGCUGGGAUCUGUGCACUAACAUCUUGUGUGUUUUCUUGAGGAUUCAAUUGGAAGGGUUUCCUACCAAUGUUUUAAUGCCAUACUAGCCACACACACACACACACACACACACGCACGCA